CCGCGCCCUCCGCCCCCUCCUAACUUAGGUAUCAGGUGAAACUGGUCCGGCGUGCUGGAGAGGCUGCAGUGGCCGGAGCGCGGCAGGGGGAUGGCUGGCCGCUGCGGGUUGUGCCUGGUUGGUCUGCUGCUCGGUGCGCUGGCAGCCGCCACUCCCUCAGAGAGUAGUAGAACCAACAGUUCAAAAGGAAGAAGUUUUGCUGGCUGGCAAGUUCCAAAUACAAAUAAUGGCUCUUCAGAGAUAUAUGAAGUGGAUGAAUUUGCAGCAAAAGCCCUCACAGGAAAGCUGACUACAGUUUUUCUUCCCAUUGUCUAUAUCGUUGUCUUUAUCAUUGGUUUGCCAAGUAAUGCCAUGGCCCUCUGGGUCUUUUUUUUCCGGACAACGAAGAAACAUCCUGCUGUGAUUUAUAUGGUUAACUUGGCAUUGGCAGACCUUCUGUUUGUUGUCUGGUUCCCACUGAAAAUUGCUUAUCAUGUAAAUGGCAAUAAUUGGCUCUUUGGUGAAAGUCUUUGUAAAGUACUUGUUGGAUUUUUCUAUGGAAAUAUGUACUGCUCCAUCCUCUUUAUGACAUGUCUCAGUGUGCAACGGUAUUGGGUUGUAGUGAACCCCAUAGUGCAGUCAAGAAAGAAAUCUGAAAUUGCAUUGGGCAUCUCCCUUGCUGUCUGGAUACUGAUUUUGUUGGGCACCAUCCCAUUGUAUCUUGUUAAUCAGACAAGAUAUAUUUCAAAUCUUAACAUUACUACCUGCCAUGAUGUGUUGCCUGAAAAUGUUUUGGCUCAUGAUAUGUUCAGUUAUUUCCUCUCCCUUGCAAUUGGACUUUUCUUAAUCCCAGCUGUCCUCACUGCUGUUGCUUACGUACUAAUGAUUAAGACUCUGAAUGCUUCCAUCUCAGAUGUAAGCACUGGGAAGAAAAGAAAACGAGCGAUCAAACUCAUCAUUGCUGUCCUGUCAAUGUAUCUCAUCUGUUUUACACCUAGCAACGUGCUGCUUGUUGUGCACUAUUUGCUCCUCAAAACGUACAACCAGAGCUAUCUGUAUGUGUCAUACAUAACUGCGCUGUGUCUUUCUACUUUGAACAGUUGUAUUGAUCCAUUCAUCUAUUACUAUAUUUCAAAAGACUUCAGAGACAACCUUAAAAAUGCUCUUCUCUGCCGAAGUGUGAGAACUACACGGAGGAUGCAGGUGUCUCUCUCAUCAGGAAGAUACCCUAAGAAAUCAAAUUCUUACUCUUCAAACUCAAAUGGGACCACUAAAUCAACCUACUGAGUUUAAUCCUUGAAAAGUGAACUUUUAUUACUACUGCUGAAAGGAUGCAAGUGACAAGAGAGUUAUUUUCUACAAGAGUCUAAAGAAACAUCUCUGCUGUUAAUUGCAUUGAAGCCUGGAUUUGCGAACUGACAGUUGCUUACCCUGUGUAGAAACAGUAAGGAGAUAAAGUCCUAUGAGACUGGGAAAAAAAAAUCAUAAUGACAUUUCAGAAGCUUUGCAAAAAUGCUGCUGACCUGAAAGUGAGUUGUGGUUGAAGACAUUUUUUGUUCAAUAUCAAAGUUGUUAAGCAGCAAAAUGUCACUGGAAUGUUACAUAGUGUUGUCAGUAUAUUUAAUUAACAGAUAAAUCUGUUUUGUUUGGCUUUAACUGUAAUGUAUUAAACAGCUGAACGGAUUGUAUA